UUUUCAUUUUGAGUAUUGAGGCUGGUUGGAAAUAUAUAUUUUUCCCAUUAAGGUUUUUUAAAGGCGCACGCCGAGAACGGCUCAGUCUCGAUUGUCAGCUUGUCGUGAAUGGUUUUUUAGCACAAGAGUCGCGGCUACCCGAGUUCCACCAAACCGCGCAACUUAUAUUAACACACCGAGCACUAGCACCUUAAUAGCAACAACAACAUUUGCACAUAUUUAUAUACUACAUAACUCGCAAGAGACGCUACGCGCGUGUGUGUGUGUGUGUGUGCUGUGCUAUUGUCACUGGGGGAGGGGAGGCCACGGAUUUGCCUUUUGCAUAAAUCAUUUAAAGCGCGCGCGCGCUCCACAAAACGCUUUUCAGCUGUCGCUCGAUUUGGUUCUGGUUCGACAUAUUCAUUGUUUUUGUUGUUGCCUUCAUUCUGAUAUGUAGGUUAGCCAGCAAGUUCGUUGCCUAAGUCUUUCGUAUCAUGCAGUGACGGGAGCUUCAAUUAAAUUUACGUAACUUGGAACGCGCUACGAUUUUAUAACAGAGACCCACGAACACACACACACACACACACAUAUACAGAUCGACACACACACAUGGCGCUGGCCAACUUCUCGCUGCCCUUUGGCGCACUCGCCCAGCCCUGGGGCGUGACGCUGGCCCCGCUGCAUCCCAUACACCAGCUGGCCAGCAAUACGAAUAAUUUGCUCUACUCGCCGGCGGAUCAUCAGCAGCAACAGCAACAGCCGCCGGAAAAUGGCGCUCCCGGCGCUGCGGACUACUUCAAGAACAAUCCCUAUGGCACACCAGCGCUGCAUCAGCAGCAGCAGCAGCAGCAGCAGCAGCAGGAGACGCCGGCGCAGCCACAGCCCGGCUAUCCGUACGGCAGCAGGCGCAAGCAGGGCACCGCCUACCUGCCGCCCACGGGCGCCGCCCGCAACUCUGUCUACCACACACAGCAGCAACAGCAGACGGUGCAGCAGACGGUGCAGCAGUCGCAGCUGGAGACCAACGAGAACAGCGUAACGUUCCAGAGCAGCGCCGGCCAGAGCCAGAGCCACAGCCAGAGCACAGUGCAGCUAACACAGUCCGCGGGCCGUGGUCCCGCCGAGGGCUCAUACAGUCGCUAUCCGGGCCAGGCGCCAGCGGCGCCCCCCCUCAAACAGCAGAAGCAAUACUACAAUGUCCAGGGCAGUGCCAGCGCCAGCACCAGCUUUAGCAAGAACAGCGGCAGCUUUAGUAUUACCGGCUUUGGCAGCAGGCAGCAGCCGCAGCAGCAGCAGCAGCCAAAUCAACAGCAGCCGCGACCGCCUCCGCCAUCCUCACAGACACAGCAGCGUGGCAGGCAGCCGGGCAAAACGGAGACACCAGCGGCCACUUAUGGCGUGGCGCCGCCAGACAAUUAUCCGGAACGCGCGCCGGGCUUUACGCGUGUCCAGGCUGGUCAGGGUUCAAGGACUCAGGUGCACGCCGUGCUCGACUACGAUGUGGAGGAGGGCGAGGAGGAGGAGGAGGAGGAGGAGGAUGAUGGCGAGUACUACGACGCCGAGGCGCAGGCUAAAGACAAGUCGAACAAGAGCCCGAUGCCGACGGUCACGCCCAUACAGGGCCCCAUCUUCUUGAAGAACGGCAGCGUGCCGGUGGUGCCAUUGUUUUCCUAUCCCAAAUCAAAUAAUGGCUCAUUUCUGCAGAUUCCGAUCUGGUGGACGGCGCUGUCGGUGGCGCUCGGCCUGGAUGUCCGGGGCGAUGUGAUCAAGGGCGUGCCCUGCAUCAAGCGCUAUCAUCAGCUCUUCUGCCCCACCGCCGGCAACAGCUAUCCCAUCGAUAAAAUCGAGCGCUUCAUAGACGACAACAAGGCGUUGAUGCGCCGCAUGUACGGCGACUUUGAGAUGAACAUGGAGGGCGGCGCAGGCGGCGGCGGGGGUCAGGCGAAGGUGCGCAAGCGUCGAUUCAUAGACGAUCCGGACAUAUUUAUACCGCCCGGCGCCUAUGCGGCAACAGCUGGGGAAGCGGGCGACAGCUACUUCGGGGAGCUGCGCAAGAAGCGGCAGGCGGCGGCGGCGGGCGGAGCUGGCAACAACCGGAAUCGAGGAGGAGCCGCCGGAGGCAGCCGGGCCAGCAAUGUGCCGGGCAAUGCGAACGGCAGCUCGGGCACGGGACGACUCGAUGCAUGCGAGUCGAAAAUAGAGAUCGUAACGCCAUACUGGGCCUCGAAUUCGGCGGGCAAAAUACGGGCCAUUGUCAACACGCAGCACUUCGAGCAGGCGAUCCAUCAGGAGGUCUGCAGCAAUACGCAAACGUCGCGCUGCGAGGGCGAAUGCGGCUGCGAGCAGAAAUACAAAUGGCAUCGAUUGCUGGCCUACGAUCCCGACAACGAUUGCAAGGGCAUCUUUAUGGAUUGGUUCCUGUUUCCUUCGUGCUGUGUCUGUCGUUGUAAUCCCUGAGCGUAUCCAGCCCCGCGCCCCAAACAUAAACUUAAAUAGAAUGCCACUGAAUGUAUUUUAGUUGUUCUUAAGUAGACCCUAAACAAUUAAAUUACGCCUAGCUCUAGGUUCUUUCGUCUUUAA